AUGGGCGAUACAAAAGACUUAUCUCUGGAGAGAUCACUGUCUAUGAGCAUAUCACUCGGUGACAAAGUAGUUGUAGACCGCUUAUACAUUGGCACAGUAAAGUAUAUAGGAAGAGUUGGCACAAAGAAGCACAAUUCAUUAGGUAUAGAGCUAGACGUACCAAAUGGCGAGAAUAAUGGAAGCAGAGCAGGAAGAGUAUAUUUCCAGUGCAAGCCCAGGCAUGGUAUAUUCAGAGAAUUUAAGGAUGUAAAGAAAUAUAAACCACUUGAAUAUAACCAGACAGGAAUAAUCAACACAACAGAAAUAGAAGAAGUACCAAGCCCAAAAGUCCUCUCUGAGCUACUAAAUGAUAAUGUUGAAAUACAAAGAAUGCUUGAAGAGCUAAGAAAAGAGAAUAAAAAAUUAGAAGAUGACCUUGAAAAAGAAAAGAAAAAAGUCUCUCUGCUGGAAAAUGAAAUAAUUUUAAGAAACCAGAGAGAGAAAGCAUUUCUUACAAAAUCGGAUAAAUUUGGGAUAAAUUCUAUUCUAACAGAGAUUAUAAACAAAAUAAAAGAGAAAAUAGAAAUUGAACAGAGAAUAUUUAAAUAA